AUGGAGGCACGAGCCCAAGCCAUCAACUCCCUCCUGCGGACACAUCGGCUUCAGAUCCUCAUGGCGGCCACAGGAGGGGGUCAUGUCUACAAGAUGGUACAGAAGGAGGACGCUAUCAAGCUGAAAGGAUUGUCAACCGAGGACCACCUCCUGUACCAGUGCAUAGCAAGGGCUGGGAAUGUGGGGAUUUGGACCAAGGACAUGAAACGCCGGACCAACCUGUCCCAGCCCAGGAUCAACAAGAUCGUGAAAUUUCUGGAGGAGAAGGGCAUGAUCAAGUUCGUGAAGAGCGUGCAGAAUGCGUCGCGCAAGAUGUACAUGCUGUCUGAGCUGGAGCCUGCCAAGGAGAUCACAGGAGGGCCCUGGUAUGGGGAUGACGGCAAGCUGGACGCCUCCUUCAUCGUCGAGAUGCAAGGGGCCGUCAUGAGCUUCAUCCGCCACCAGCGGGUGUGCACUGCCAUCGAGGUCCUGGAGUUUGUGGAGGAGAACAAGAUCUGCACGCUCUCCACGCCCCUGCAGCCUGACGACAUGGCACUGCUGCUGAACAAUCUGGUGUAUGAUGGUCAGCUGGAAAGCAAGGAGGAUGAGGAGGGAGCCCUCCUCUACCGACCGGCGCUGCAUCACGGCCUGGAAUCGACCCCCCUCACCGCCUGCCCCUGCGGCGUCUGCCCCAUCAUCCAUGACUGUGUGGAGGAGGGCCCCAUCUCUCCCAGCACCUGCAACUACUACCGAGAAUGGCUGGACUUUUGA